CCUGGCCGUGUAUAUAGACCCUCCAGACCUCGCUGUCUUUCCUCUUUCAUCUUCCUUCUGUAUCCUCCAUCUCCCUCAACCCCUUCUUGACUACCACUUCUCCCCCCCCCGACCACAUACAAACACCGUCACAAUGUCCGGCUUCCAGUACGACCCCAACUUCACCCCCUAUGUGGUCAACUCCAUGGGACCCAAGACCCCCGAGCGUGCUCGCGUGGUUCUGGGCGCCCUCAUCAGACACAUCCACGACUUCGCUCGUGAGGUCGAGCUCACCUCCGCCGAGUGGAUGAUGGGUGUCGAGUUCAUCAACUCCAUCGGCAAGAUCAGCACUCCCAUCCGCAACGAGUGCCACCGUAUCUGCGACGUUAUCGGCCUUGAAUCUCUCGUCGAUGAGAUCGCCAACAAGAUCAUCACUGAGCAGGGCUUGUCCCCCACCUCCAAUGUCAUCCUCGGACCUUUCUGGUCGCCCAACGCUCCCUUCCGCGACCUCGGCGACAGCAUCAUCCAGGACCCCAACCCCAACGGCAAGGUCACCUACAUGCACGGUGUUCUGAAGGAUAUGGAGACCGGCAAGCCCAUCGUUGGCGCCGUCCUCGACAUCUGGCAGGCCUCCGCCAACGGCCAGUACGACUUCCAGGAUCCCCAGCAGAGUGAGAACAACCUCCGCGGCAAGUUCCGCUCCAACGAGAAGGGCGAGUUCUACUGGUACUGCUAUCACCCCACCCCCUACUCUCUGCCCACCGACGGCCCCGCUGGUGUGCUCCUCAACAUCAUGGACCGCUCUCCCAUGCGUCCCGCCCACAUCCACCUCAUGAUCACCCACCCCGACUACGCCACCGUCAUCAACCAGAUCUACCCCAGCGACGAUCCUCACCUUGACAUCGACUCCGUCUUCGCCGUCAAGGACGACCUGGUCGUUGAGUUCAAGCCCAAGACCGACGACCCCAAGGCCUCGCUCGACCUGGAGUACAACGUCACCAUGGCUCUGAAGAAGCACCACCGCAACCCCAACACCGCUCCUCCCGUUUCCUCCUUCGAGCGUUACAACAAGGCCAACCAGAAGCUGUAAAAAGACGCACCUUGAUGGUGAUUUGAAGCAUUGAUGUACAUAGUUAUGCAUUUGUCGAACUUCAGCGAUUACUCUUCAUGUAUCCUUUGAAUACAGAUUUUAUCAGAC